AUGGACGAGGGUCCCGAUAAAGCUCCUCGGCGCAAGAGGGUUUCGCGAGCCUGUGAUAGGUGUCGCGCAAAAAAGGUAUUUGUCACAGCCCUUGCAGGCUUCCAGGACAAAUGCGACGGCCUUCGUCCCUCUUGCUCCGCCUGUCUAGCUUCCGGUCAAACUUGCUUAUAUGACCCUCACGCGAAGAAACGUGGCUUGCCCGAGGGAUAUGUACGCGGCUUGGAAAAGCUUUGGGCCUUGGCUAUCUGCAAUAUCGAUGGCUUCGAGGAUAUCAUGCUCUCUCUUCUCGGCACGACAACUGACUCCGUGGGGCGGAGGGACAGAUUGAAGUCCCUUUGGACGGAUGAGAACGCCUCGGAAACGUUGCACGAGUCCUGGAAAACAUGUCGACUCUACAACUCUCUCGAGAAGAUGCUGUCCUCCAGUUCUGACCCGUCAAGUCCUCACGGCGUGGGUAAACGCCUUCGGGAAGAACACGGGCCUGUCUCGAUUGAUGCGGCAAGCGAAUGGGGAUUCCGUAUUGACCGCAGCUCUACUCCCCUGUCGCAGGAUGCUCCUCGCAUUGUAGAGCCUAGCGCCUCUCCUACUGCUAAACGAAUUCGACUGUCUAUACCAGCGGAUAGCCGGCUAUCCUCUGUAACGAACGGUAUGCGCUCCCUGCAACUACCACCUCACACCUCCCAACUAUUAGACAUGUAUUUCGCCGUCACCCAUUCUUGGUUUCCCAUCGUUGCCAAACACAACAUACUCCGAGCCUCAUAUCUCUACGCAAAUGCGCCAUCGAUAUCUGUUGCCAGGCUCUCUCCGGGAUCAGGCGACCAUGCCGCAUUAUGGGCGGUUCUCAGUUACGGGUCGACACCGGAGAAUGGCGUUUUAGGAGCUUUGUCAAAAACAAAGGAGUAUUAUGCGGUAGCUCGAAGCUUGAUUCCUUUUGAAACGGAGCGUUACGAACUUGGACAUGUCCAAGCUCUUCUUCUUUUGACCCUCGUCAACAUCGGUCUCGAGGACUGGACUGCAGCUUGGAUGCUCAGUGGCCAAGCGGUCCGUAUGGUUAUAUCCAUGAACAUAGCUGCCUUCACUGACACUCGCCGAUCUGAGGGAUUGAGACAAGGGAAAGCUGUAUUCCUGGGAUGUUUUGUCAUUGACUCCCUUUUGUCAUUCCGCUUGUCUAGAAGACCGAGCAUGCAUUCACGAGACUUGGUUGCCAUAGGCUUGUUAGAAGAAGAUGGGCUGGAAGAGUGGAAUUCGUGGGCGGAUGUUUUACCACCCACCGGCGGUUCUCAAGGAAAGAGCCCACCUCGCCGUGGUCCUUUACAUUCGCUGAGCUGUUUCAACCGUCUGGUUGAAUUGGCUAGUGUCUUGAACAAGAUUGCUAGAGACUCCAUAACAGGGUCUAACGCACAUAUAUCUGCGCAGCAACUAGUUUCGGAGCUCAAGCAAUGGGAUGACCGCCUCCCACUUGGAUGUCGACUGAUUGGGCCUGAAAGCAUCUAUCCUGAACGGCAUUCCGCACUACUGCCACAUCAGACAUACUUAGGACUAACAUACGUUGCCACCCUUUUGUCGCUUUAUCUUCGAAUAGCGCCCCACGAAAUGGGCAUGCACCGUUCUCAGCGACCGGCUAUUGAAGGCGCAAAGAAACUCCUCUAUCGCGCCUUGCCCAUGAUCUCUCAACACCUCGAUAAUUUCGCAGUUUGCAGCUUGCCGCCUAUCUUUGAACUAUCCCUGCAUACCAUUGCUGAACAAGCAUUCGUCCUUCGCAACAAGAUCGAGAGUGACUUGUUCCCUUUUGGCCGAUGGGCAGAAGCACUGUUGCAGCGGACAUCCGAACUCGGCGCGGCCUGGCCCGUCUAUCGCACUCUGACGACUAGAAUCGAACAGUGGUAUCGCUCCAGGACCAUGGCCAGCUCCCCAUCACAGCCAUUCUCCAAUGACACGGGCAACAACCCAGCAGGAGGGAUAAACAGGCCGUCGAACUAUAGCCCUUAUCAAAAUCUGCUAUCCAUACCUCCACCAGAGAACCGAGGCCUCAACCGCAAUGCUCAGCUACCACCACUUGCUAGACGAAAUACGAAUGACGUUGUGGAACCUGAUUACUCUUCCUCUAUUAUGGGUAUCACCAUCCCCGUCGAUGGGCAGUAUAUGACACCCAAGGACACAGCUAUAGAGACUACCGAUCCACCUUAUCAAACUCAUUACCAACCCCACCCGCGUUCCUACAAUGGUAGGGUCCCAUCCUCGGCAAUGGAUAUCUCAGACCCAGCAAAUGAACUAGACGCGAUGCUUCACGGCUCAUCCCAUCCGCACCCUCCAACGCCAGACUCCUCCGUGUCCAAUCCCACAAUAUCAAGGCCUUCCGGCGCCGCCACCGCUACCUCCACAAGCGGGCACUCAAUACCAUCAGCAGACAAAAACAAUACCACCUCCAGCUCCGACAAUCAGGAACCAAACGAUGUCAGUGCCGCCAGUCUCGACGCUAUCUUCAAAGACCUCGCAUACCUCGACACAACCGAGUGGGCAACCAGUCGUGAGGCAGGACUGAAGGAUUUCGGCUUCAUGGACGAUACCACGUUCCAGGAGUUCUGCCACGACCCUCAGCGUAUCGCGGGGUCACAGCCGUUGGUGCAUCCGCCUUCAAUUGCGGAUAUCUGGCCGCCUCCGGGCUACUUCCCCGAAACUUUUGGGGAUUCAGCAGAGGGGGCCAUGGAUAAUUAG